CUACAGUUGCCACUUGACCCUAAUGAGCACUGUAUGAACAAAUGCUGUAAUAAUCAAUUGAAAUUUCAUUCACAACUUUUCAAAGUGGAAAAGGAGAAGAAUAUAGAAUCAUAAAGUGUUUAGGAUUGAGGAAAAAAAGCCAUCUGAUCUACCUUUGGGGUCACUGAAGGAUCAAGUCCCUUAUACUUUCAGCGUGAGAGACCCAAAGAGUGAAAAGAACCUGGUGCCAAAUCCUACGUGGUCCUUUAAACAGGAAAAAUGGGCUGUGAUUGGAACUGUGGGCUCAUCACAAGUGCUGUCAUUGGUGGAGUACUGGCUGUAUUGGGAGGCAUCUUAAUGCCUGUUGGAGACAUGAUUAUUCAGAGCACAAUUAAAAAGCAAUGUGUCCUUGAGGAAGGUACAAUUGCUUAUCAAAAUUGGGUUAAAACAGGCACAGACGUUUACAGACAGUUUUGGAUAUUUGAUGUGCAAAAUCCAGAGGAGGUGAUGGUCAAUAGCAGCAACAUUAAAGUUAAGCAAAGAGGCCCUUAUACUUACAGAGUCCGCUAUCUAGCCAAGCAAAAUAUAACUCAGCAUGGAGACAACACAGUUUCUUUUGCACAGCCCAAUGGUGCCAUCUUUGAACGUAGCCUGUCAGUUGGGACAGAAAAUGACAGCUUUACUGUCCUCAAUCUUGCAGUUGCAGCUGCACCCAUUCUGUAUCCAAACUCCUUUGUCCAAAUGGUAUUAAACACAUUUAUCAAGAAGUCAAAAUCUUCUAUGUUCCAAGUCAGAACCUUGAAAGAACUAUUGUGGGGCUAUCAAGAUCCAUUCCUAAGUUUGGUUCCCUACCCCAUUGAUACCACAGUUGGUGUAUUCUACCCCUAUAACAAUACAGCAGAUGGAUUUUACAGAGUCUUCAAUGGAAAAGAUGACAUAAGCAAAGUCGCAAUAAUUGACACUUAUAAAGAUAAAAAGAAUCUCUCAUAUUGGCUGGGUUACUGUGACAUGAUCAAUGGCACAGAUGCAGCCUCAUUUCCUCCUUUUGUGGAGAAGUCCAGGAUAUUAAGAUUCUUUUCCUCUGAUAUUUGCAGGUCAAUCUAUGCUGAAUUUGAAAACGAGAUCAAUCUGAAAGGGAUCCCAAUGUACCGAUUUGUCCUUCCAUCUAAAGCAUUUGCAUCUCCUACUGUAAAUCCAGAUAAUGAAUGCUUUUGCACAGAAAAAAUUAUCUCCAAGAACUGCACAUCAGCUGGUGUUCUGGACAUUAGCAGCUGCAAAGCCAAAAAGCCAGUGUACAUUUCACUUCCUCACUUUCUACAUGCAAGCCCAGAUGUGCCAGAACCUAUAGAUGGGUUAAACCCAAAUGAAGAGGAGCAUCGGACAUACCUGGAUGUUGAACCUAUCACUGGAUUUACUUUGCGAUUUGCGAAACGACUGCAGGUUAACAUCCUCGUUAAACCAGUAAAAAAAAUUGACACUUUAAGUAAACUGAAACGGAACUAUAUUGUCCCAGUUCUUUGGCUUAAUGAGACUGGUACCAUUGGUGACGAAAAAGCUGAAAUGUUCAGAAAACGAGUAACUGGCAAAAUAAACCUCUUGGGACUGGUAGAAAUGGUUUUACUCACUGUUGGUCUUGUCAUCUUUGUUGUAUCCAUGAUUGCAUAUUGUGUAUGCAGGUCAAAGAAAAUAAAAUAAGUAACAAGAGACACUUUGGAUACAGAAGACAACAUUGUCAUGAUUGGGAUCGUCAGUAACAUUGGCUCAAAUAAUCCAGAUUUAACAUAGUUUGUGUGCACAGACCAUACUAGGGAGAAGCUGAGACAUUGAUCUUAAAGCUAACUAGAAAUAUUUUUUUUUUCUGAAGGACUAUUAUUAGGUUGCCGCUACAUUAAAAAAAAUUCCAUACCCCUCAUCAUACCUUUGAAAAUGCCUCAUGAUCAAGUUGGUUACGAAAUCUAUAGAAUACAAUUACACAUGAGAAAAUUGCUCCUAUCUCUAGUACUGUCUGGUGAGAGAUUCAGUACAAAAGUUGAAGUUUACACUGGCUAAGGACUGAGAUUUCCAAUGUUUCAAUGUCCGAGGUAAAAGAGCUGUCACCAGCUAUGUUGUCUAUAUAUAGUCAGUGGCAAUAAUUCAACUUUUUUUUUUACUUUCUCAAAAGCUGUCAGUUCAAUACUUCAUGAGAAACAAUUAACUUGAAAGGCCAAUGGGAAAUAUAUGAAUAUUGUUGCCACAGUUUCUACCUUAGCCCGUGCAGAAACAAAAUAUGCAUCAACCACUUUUUAUUCAAGUGUAAGCCUUGUUCUUCUAGAUCCUGUGCAUGAAAAUGAAAACCAUUCAAUCACCUGUCUUUUCAUUUUCAUGAAUAUGGGCAUUUUUCCCAAGCCUUUCAGUUAUUUAGGGAGCUUGUGAGUGUAGUCCUUCAUCCUUCCAUUCAUCUGAGACUUAAGAUAGGUUAUUGCAGAAUGCUGCCCUGUCAUCAGAGAAAGAAUCAUAAGUGUUGUUUUCAUGGACUACAAUCAUGGAGAGAAUAUGUAUAUCAAUAAAGUUAUUUGUUACAUUUUAACUGAGGAUUGCAUAGUAACUCCCAAAAGGACUGAUUUAAAACUCAAAUUAUUUUGAUUAGUCCUCUUCUAUAUUAUUGUACUCCUCUAUUCCUUCAUUUUCAUGUAGCAUAUACCUUUCCUUUUUUGUUCUUCCAACAUAGGAAUAUUUUAACAUUUCCUUUCUUCAUCUAGGUUCUAUCUAAGUUUUGCUGAAAAUUAAUCAACAAUAUCUGAUUACCCUUCAGCUUCAUUUGGUUUUUUUUGUUUGUUUGUUCGUUUGUUUUUUUCUGAAGAAUUGGGGAAGAAAAGGCAGAAGCAUGCUGAGUUCCUUCUCUGGUUCACUUUUUAAAAAAUAGAAGUUGAGGUACUCUGAGUAGAGUUCUUCCAUCCCCUGCAUUGGUAGAGGCAAUUAAUGACCUGUUUUUUUCUGUGGUCAUUGAUAAUACCAGAGUAUGGUAGAAUAGAAGUUCACUUUUCUUGGAAAGAAGGGUACACUUCAUAUUUCUAGGAUAGAAAAAAGAAGCAAAAUGAUUAUAUAUUGUUAUGCCAAAUAUAAAACCAAGAAACAGAACAUUAAUCAUUUUUCUUUCAUAUUAAAAUUGGGAAUAGAUCAGGAUCUCAGUAAGUACAAUGGCACAUCUUGAGUAGGGAUGGGGGGCGGGAAUCUCCUUGAAGAAUUCAGAGAUCUAACAGAAUUAGUUAAUUGGAGAUAUAGAUGUAUAUCAGUGUAUUAAACAAUUAUUAGUUUAUUGUGAGGUACAAAAUCUAUUCUUAGAUAUUAACCAAUCAACAAGAUAACCAAAAGCAUUCACUUAGAAGAUAACAUAUAUUCAUCUAAUUUUCAAGAAAUCUCAUUACAUAACAAAAAGUUUAGAUGUGCUUCCUGCAAUGGAAACAUUUUGUAUUUUACAUUUAUCUAGAAGACAAAACAAAAACAAAGAAACAAAAACACAUCUUUAUGUUCUAGGAAGACCCAGAGCUUCAAGGACUAGGCUAACAUAGUUUUGGGACAGGAAAUAUAUUAUCUACCUCCAGUCCCCAAUCACUAAGUAAAUAAUACUUCCCAAAGCAAAUCUAGACCUGGGUUCAGCUGGGUAACACUCCUAGAACUUAAUGACAUUCAUAAUGUAUGCUGGCCCUGAUUCAAGCACUUAGAAAUAAGGGAGGUGAGAUUGGGAGUUUUCUUUUCCCAUGUGCAUUGUUUAAAUGGAGCCUUAACUUUAUGGAGCUCCUGUUAUAUGCUAGACAUUACAUUUCAAUUUUUAAAAUUCUCCAUAUGACUGUCAAAGACUGAAAAUUCUCAUGCAAGAUGUCUGCGUGGAAAAGACUCCGUAGUGAACUGAACACUGUUUCACCUUUGAAAAGACAAGGUUGUUUUUGUAUGAAAAAAAAAUGAUAGGUGAAUUUUUGAUAGUUUUACUUCUUGUGUAUCUGUGCAAAAAAUAGUGGCUUUUUUUUCAAAUAAAUGACUAGUUUUUAAUGGGGUUAAAUGUUUGAGGAUUUGUAAUUGUAUGUGGGUGAAAUGGAUGAUUUUUUUUAAAAAAUUCAAAACUAUACAGAGUGACAGAAAAACAUAUUUCAUCCUUGAUCUUAAUUACAAAAAAUCAUGAAAAUCCUUGAAAACUGGUUUUUGUGCAUAAAAAUUUGCCAUUUGAAAAUGAUCUAGUUUUUGUAGAACAAAUGCUUCUUGCUGUUAAUAUGUGAACUGGGAAACAAAAAAAUAGGUAUUGUGCUUGGAUUCUCAGGAAAAAUGUAUAUUAUAUACAUAUAAAAUAGAUAUAUUUAGCACUGCUUGUGAAAGCAACAGAUGUGGUUAUAUACAGCCUGUUUCUAUACUGAAAUCUAACUUUGUAAAAGGGCUGAAUGAUUGUUUAAAAGGUGUGUAUGUGUGCAAUAAUGUCUCAAUUAUUUUCUGUAUUUUUUUAUUACCCAUGACAAAUAUCUGAGCUAUACACAAGGCAUUAUUUAAUUUGGAGGAUAUGAUGACCCAAUUUUCUGUUUGAAGUCACCCAGAACAGGGACAGAGUAGUAAACAUUCUGCUUUCUCUCCCCAAAAACUGUGGAAAUCUUGCAUGUUUGGUAUCCUCCUGACUACAUUAUGGAUACUUUCAUAAUUUUUAUUCUUUACAUAUGUACUAACUGAAUUACUCUGUCUCUUCUCCCAUAGACUUAUUUGUUUUGAGGGGUUACUGGAGUAAUCAUUUCUAAUGAGUUAAUAAUUUAUAUUUAUAUUGAAGAUACAGAACAUUCUGCCUUCCAUCUUCAUGGCCCCAAAUAGCACCAUUUUCA